AUGGAUGGACAUAACGAGCAUUAUAAGAGGUUUCUCCUAAGGUGGACAAGCACCCGAUCUGUCAUGGUUGAAUCUUGGCUUUUUCUCUUUGCGAGUAUUGUAGCAAUAUUUCUUGGAUCCUUGACAAUUAUAUACACCAUCUAUCAAUGGAGACGGAACAUGAGUUUGAGCUGGAUGAAAGCUAUAGCCAGAUCAAAGAGAAACAGAAAGUUGUUGCAUAGGGUUCCUGUCGCUGCUCAUACUUGGAUCACAGAAACAGGUUCUCGUGGAAAAGGUUUAACCUGUUGUGUAUGUUUGAAGUCCGUUUCACUUCCUCAGCCUCUUGGGCAGGCGGUUUCCUCAGAUUACUUUAUUCACCGUUGCGAUAUUUGUGGUUCAGUUGCGCAUGCAAGCUGCUCUUCCAGUGCACAUGAAGACUGCAAGUGUGUAUCAAUGGAGGGUUUAAAAUGUGUUAUUCAUCAGUGGGCUGUUCCUUGGACAGAAAUAACAGAUAAUCCUGACAAUACACCUACCUGUAGUCAUUGUGAAGAGCCUUGUGGAGGAUCUUUCCUUGAUGGUUCUCCAAUUUGGUGUUGUAUGUGGUGCCAACGACUAGUUCACGUUGAUUGUCAUGCCAAUAUGGUUAAUGAGGCUGGUGAUAUUUGUGAUUUGGGGCCAUUUAAGAGACUGAUUUUGUCUCCAAUAUUUGUUAGGGAUUUGAGCAAACCAGGAACAGGUGGUUUUCUUAGUUCAAUCACUCAUGGAGCAAAUGAACUGGCAUCUAACGUGCGAGGGCGCAUUAGAAGUCGAAGUAAAAAGUUUGGUCGAAGGAAGGAGACAUGUGGUGACUCGGCAAGUAGCUCUGGCACUAUUGAUUCAUCCACAGAAAGCACAGCAGACACUCAUCCUGCCAGCAAGAGCUCUCAUUGUAAUGCUGAAAGUUCUAACGGUGUGGUGAAUCCUGGGAAUCUGCCUCCAAGUGGUGAAAGCGACGAUAAGAGUGAAAUAAAACCAAAUCAAAAGAGAAGCUCAUCUCUUACGCAAAGGGACAAUAUCCACAUACUUAAAGCCAGACAAAAAUACGAGUUUAUAGAUUUGCCCUCUGAUGCGAGGCCCUUGCUUGUGUUUAUCAACAAAAAAAGUGGGGGUCAACAGGGAGAUGCUCUCAGGCGCCGCUUCAAUGUCCUUCUAAAUCCUGUACAGGUUAGUCUCUGUGAAAUUACUUAGCCUACACUUCAACAUUGCGAAACAUAGCAGGCUGGUUGACCACAGGGCUCCUCAACAGAGAGAUUGAUUGUCAUUAUAUGUUUCUGAGAGAGGGAGAGGACUCAGACCUUUUGUAAUGAAGACAAACAACGUUCCACAGGUGUGACCUGUAUUAUCUUGGUGUUGACUUCAGAGAUGUUGUUGAGAACACCUUGAGCAUGCAUCUUCCUUUAUUUUUCAUGUCUAAUAUGUGGCAUUAUCCACUUCCAAGAUCAUGUUUUCUCCUGAUGGUAUCCAAAUUUCUAUGAGAAGUUUGAGUUAAGAGGCGAUGAUGGAGUUUUUGGGUAAAUUCUUGAGGCAGAACCGUAUGCUUGUCCCUUCUCAUUAUGUUUCCUUACCUUGUGAAUAACCUCUCAUUGAAGCUCCUUGACAUUGGGUCUGGUGUUUCAUCAACAUUUUUUAAUACAUGCAUUUGGGGUACCCAAAGUUUCCAUACUGAAAUAGCACUGUUUAUUUUUAUUUUUUUGCCAGAAAAAUAUCAGCCUGACAAGGUAAUUCGAAGAUAUUGCUUGCAUUCAUAAUCCUGUUUAGCAUGAGAUUGUCAUUAGGAUCUGGACAUCAUUAAUAUCUACUUUGACUCCUUGGGCACUGCUUAGCUGUUCAUUUUCUUCUUUAAUUUCUCAGUGGUUGAUCCACUUAUACCAUACAUUACAUUCAGGUCUUUGAGUUGAGCUCAGAUCAUGGACCAGAGUUCGGAUUAUUUUUGUUCCGAAGAGUACCACACUUCAGGAUCCUUGUCUGUGGCGGUGACGGCACGGUGGGUUGGGUUCUUGAUACCGUUGAGAAACAGAAGUUUGAGUCUCCGCCCCCCGUCGCGAUACUCCCAGCAGGAACUGGAAAUGAUCUUGCCAGAGUCUUGUCCUGGGGAGGUGGUCUUGGCACUGUGGAAAGACAAGGAGGCCUGUGCACUGUUCUAAACCAUGUAGAGCAUGCUGCAGUCACCAUUCUUGACAGAUGGAAGGUAACAAUAGAGAACCAGCAAGCUCCAUCCCCCAAGUUUAUGAACAACUAUAUUGGUACGCAAUCACUGCCCCUUGUUGAUUUCAUUAAUCACGGAACAAUGCAUCAAACCUGUGAUUUCUGUGGGCAGGCGUAGGAUGCGAUGCAAAGGUUGCCCUCGACAUUCAUAACCUGCGAGAAGAAAACCCAGAAAAAUUCUACAGCCAGGUAAUGAGCUGCUUCCUUUUAAUGGGCAUGCAACUUUUUUUUUUUGGCUCCUUUUUAUUAGCACAGGGGAUUAUGGUUCUGACAAAGACUGCAGUUAGUGUGGUAGCUGUGCAUGGAAGCUAGAAUCGUUGCUGUGUUUUGUGUUCUUCCCAGCCAGUUGCUUGAGGUGUGGUUCUUCUUUGGCAUGUCGGAUCAUUGGGUCUCUUCUGUCUUGGAAGUCAAUAGAUGAGGUAUAAAUCUAAUGGUUUCCGAAGAUAGUAAGUUGCUCAAAAGAGUUCAGUGAAGAGAGAGAGAGCAGGGAAGGACUACUAUGGGUAAUAUGACUUGAUGAGAGUAGAGGAGAAACUAUUGGUUGUGCGUUUAGGAGCAAGGAAUCAUGAUACCAGUAAGAUCCAUACAGUUUUCUUCAUCAUGAAAGCGUGUGCUACUUCCAGGGCAGGCAGCUGAUUUGCGCUGUUUGGAAAUUGCAACCUAUUUCUUUAGUAAGAUUAUUGUGAUUCUUUUGAGAAAAUUGUGCUACUUGCAUGGAUGGAUCUAGUGAUCUGACUUGAAAGCAAGCAACUGAUUUCGAUGGUUCUAUUUAAGGAGAUUAUUUUCAGAAAAUUCAGAAAAAAAUAUCUGACUAAAAACUCUUGUUUUACUUCCAGUUCUUGAACAAAAUCCUUUACGCCAGAGAAGGAGCGAAGAACAUCAUGGACAGAACUUUUGCAGAUUUCCCCUGGCAAGUCAGAGUUGAGGUCGAUGGGAAUGAGAUAGAGGUUCCUGAGGUGCGUUUCCGUGAUUUUCAGCACACCCGGCGGUCGGCAGCCUCAGUUGACCACAUUUUGCAGGAUGCUGAAGGCGUUCUCGUCGCCAAUAUCGGAAGCUACAUGGGAGGAGUCGUCCUGUGGCAAGAUGAAGAAGACGGGUACGACAAUUUCGAGCCCCAAUCUAUGCACGACAUGAUGCUGGAGGUCGUCAGCAUCAGUGGAACCUGGCAUCUCGGGAAAUUGCAGGUGAGUUCUACUGAAACUUCUUCGGCGAUCCUCAUUUCCCCCGGGAUUUCAAAGGCGGCGAGUGAUCACUCCAUCGCAUCCCCUCCUGCCAGAUCGGCCUCUCCCAAGCGCGGCGCCUGGCGCAAGGCAGAGAGAUCAAGAUCCGGCUCUUCGCCCCCUUUCCCGUUCAGAUCGACGGAGAACCUUGGUUCCAGCAGCCGUGCUCGCUCUCGAUAUCCCACCACGGGCAGGUCCGCUCACCGGCCAUUUGGAUUGGAUCUGGAUCGAUCGCAUCUUCGGCGCGGCGAUGACGACACGUUCUUCCUCAUCUCGCAGGCAUUCAUGCUGAAGAAGGCGGCCGAGGAACCGCUCGGCCACGCCGCCGCGAUCAUCACCGACGUCCUGGAGAACGCCGAGACCAACGGAGUGAUCACCGCCUCGCAGAAGAGGACUCUCCUACAGGAAAUGGCGCUGAAACUCUCCUAG